GUGUGUUUAUAACCUUUUUCCUUCAAAGGAAAUAACCUUUCGAACACUCAAACAAGCCCUCGAUUUGUCACAUCCACACUACAAAUAUAAACCUCCAUGACUCCAUCAGGCUAUUAAACUUCUCAUCUCAUCUGGGUUUUCUUUGUUUCAUUGGGUCUUCAUUGGCAGAGCCAGAAGUAUCAACCAGUUUGGAGAUUUGAGGAGUAUUAAUUCAGAGGACUUUGAAAGAGGCUUGCGAUCUCUGUGUUAUUCUCUGGAAAUUUGAUUAGUUGGAUUCCAUGAGUAACGCUCUUCUUAAUUCCCAUCUUUACAACUUUGGAAAUACUGAUUUUCAGAUGACAAAUUGGGAUACUCAAAUGAACAUGAAUAGAAAGAUUGGCUUUUGCAUGGGGUCCAAAGCAAUAGAAAGUGACAACGAAACAGGAGACAUUUCUGAUGUUCCUUUUGAUCAGUCAUCACUCUUUACCUAUCAGACAGCAGUAACAGCAGGUUAUUCCAAUGGGGAAUUCAGAUAUGAUCAUGGCAUUUUUCAGCACCCAAUGUUGUUUGACAAGAAUAUUAAUUCAGCUACCCAAUUUCAAGAGGAUUUGCAGGUCAUACAGAAUGCAAGGAAGCGCCCAAUAAUUGAGGUCAAUGAUAUCUUGCCCAAAAAUGACCUUGGUGGUUCAAUUGGUGAGAGAACAACUUCAAAUGAAUGGAACCAAAACAAGAGAAACAAGGGGACAAAUUCUCAACAACAAUGGCAUAAUCAAUUCCAAGAAGCAUCUAUGGAAAAACAAGACAAUAGGUUGCAAGUUCCUGUGAGGCGAAGCCAAAAGCUUAGUGACAAAAUCACUGCUCUUCAAAAAUUGGUUUCCCCCUAUGGCAAGACUGACACUGCCUCAGUUCUUCAAGAGGCUUCGAUUUACAUCGUGCUUCUUCAACAACAAAUUCAGCAGAAUCUGCAUCGGAUCUUUAGUAGUUCAUACAAGAAUGCUGCAGGACUUCACACACAAGAAUCUGGGAGUAGUAGCCAAGUGCUUGACCUCAGAAGCAAUGGCCUUUGUUUGGUUCCGAUUUCCUUGACUCAGAAAGUGACUAUGGAAGAGGGUUUUGAUGAGGAUCAUCUUUCUACAUCAAGAAAAUUUGUCAUAGCUAACCAUUUCUAGUGCUAGCUAUAAGCUUAGAAACUACCUGUAGGUUAUUUUCAAGUGUUUUUAAUCCAAUCCAUUGAAGGAUACAUUAUCGAUCUGAUUGAAGCAGUGUAGAGAAUCAAAUCCCAAAACCAAAAGGUAGAGGUCCUUGUGUACUCACUUUGUUACUUCAAUGUAACAAAAGACUGUUUUAGCAUAGUUUUUUGGCGUGUCUAAUUUGAUUAUUUUUAAUGAAUAUCUACGAAUGCCAAAUAAUUGAG